AGGGAGCAAAGAUACAAAGCAUUCUCCAUUCCCUCCAAGUUUCAUUCUCUAUUUCCACUCAUCAAUCCGCUCUCACGAAUCAUCCAAUUACCGCCACAUUCAUACACUCGCCAAUAUCAAUCUUCUUCGCAAUGAAGGAAAAGAUCAGCCGUACCUGGACGAAAUUCGUUAUUUCCCUUGGAUCUGUGUUUCGAGCUCUUAAUCGUGCAAAUUGCGCUUGCUAAAGGCGCUUGGGUCGUUGCACGUGACAACUACUGUUAGAUCUCCCGUUGAAAGCUUAAGCUGUGCUGUUUGAGCUUCGACUGUCCCAGACCCCACCCCCACAUUAUUUAUUAUACUUCAACACAUUCUCAAUUCCUGUUUGCGACACAACGGCAAGCAAGAUGUCGCACGCACGAAUUGAAGAGGUCGAGGAUAGCGACAAUGAAUAUGGCGCCAGUGAUCCAUCUGAAGGCGAUAUCUCAGAUGUGGCCUCGGAUUUCGAAGACCGCGAUAUUAUCAUGAAGAGGACACCAGUACCAUCAUCCACCAAACGCGCACCUGCCCCUAAUGUUCAAGCUUCUCGAAUGAAUCUCGCAGAUAUUCCAUUUUCCGGCUCUCAAAUUACUACCGGGGCAGAUGGCACUCAAUUUCGCUCAACGGAAGAUAGCUCUAAAUACAAAGAUUUUCAAUGCAUUUAUCCGAUAUAUUUCGAUGCUACCAGAAGUCGAGCAGAAGGCAGAAGAGUAGGUAUGGGGCUAGCUGUCAAGAAUCCCGUCGCCCGAGAAAUUGUAGCUGCAUGCUCCAGACUGCGAAUCGAAACACUAUUUGAGCCAGUCAAGACUCAUCCAAAGGACUGGGCAAAUCCAGGUCGGGUUAAGGUUAAUAUCAGAGGAGGAACCAACCCAGCUAUCAAGAACAGUAUGUUUUAUUUAGAUUUCCGCAGUGCACCAUGUCGGGCAUGACAAUGACCUAAACUAACAUACAUUGAAUAGAGCACCAUCUUUACACUUUGAUAGCGAAACACCUGAAGGAGAAUCCCACCACGGAGAAAACGGCCAUGCAACCCCAACUGGCUGGCAUACCACCCCCUGAUCCUAGCAAACCAUUACCAAGACCUGCAAUACCGAAAGGAUGGAAGAUGGGAGAAAUAUUACCAUAUUAUAGUGCGGCGUUAUCUGGUGGUGGUGUCAGUGAGAAUUUUUUUAAAGAUAUGAUGGCUGAAAUGGGAGGACAAAUGCCAGGAAUGGCCGGAAUGAUGGAUGGCCCAUCCAGUAGCGCAGCCUCGGAUCCAAAGAAGAAGGAUAAGAAGAAGAAGAUCAAGGGCUGAGGCAUUUUUUCUGGCCCGCAGAGGAACCCAUCUAGCACAAUAUUGGAAGACCUAUAUGUAGAAAUUUUGGUCUACUACACGAGCUCAGCAAACUGGGUUUGUACCCGCAAGGGCAUCCUUUGGAAGCAAAGGUAACAUCAUCAUAUAGUAGAAACUAAAUCUACACGGGUCUCACGAUUAAUUUAAUGAUCAUCUACAA